GCUGGCAGCAGACCGUUCGCUUGGAGAGGAGCUGCAGAAGCUGAGAGAGAGAGAGAGAGAGAGAGAGAGAGAGAGAGAGAGAGAGAGAGAGAGAGAGAGAGAGAGAGAGAGAGAGAGAGAGAGAAAGGGAGCAAGUGGAGGAGGAAAGGGAUGGAGAGCCUAGUAUAACGGUCUAGGCAGCCGUUCGGGAUCGGGCAGGAGGGGCUGCCUGGAUGCAGAGCGGAGAAAGGAGGAGGGUGGACUCCAGGGUGCCCAGUGCCCCCCUCCCCUAAGCGAGCAAGUCCGAGUGGCAGAGACCCCGGGAGCGCGGGGCAGGGUGGGCGUCCCAGGGCAGCCCCGCGCGAGCCCCGGAGGAAUAAAGCCGCCCCGCCGGCCGGCCCAGGGGCUGGAAGCCACGGCGGCGGCCGCCGGCCGGUCGCCUGCUGCCUGGUUGGCGUUUGGAGCGAGCGCGGAAGGAGGAGCAGGAGAAGGAGGGCGCUGGAGGCUGGGCGCGCCUGCCAGCGGCGGCGGCGGCGGCGGCGGCAACGUGGAGUAACCGGGCGGGUCGGCGCGCUCCGGCCGGGGUGGGGGCCCCCGCGCGCGGCUCGGGGAGCAGGGUCCUCGCCGCUUCGGCAGCCGCUGCGGCCGCCGCGGGAUCCGAGCGCGUCCCGAGCUCCCGGCGCAGCGCGGCCGCCUCCCCGCGGCGCGCCCGGCUCCGGGCUCCAGGCUCGGCCCCCGCGCGCGCACACGCGCACACACAGACACUCACACGCACACACACUCACACGCACACGCACACACGUGUGCGCUCCUCCGCUCCGAGCUGCCUGCUCCUGCUCCCGGCGCCGCGGCGGACCCCGGGGCCGAGCCGCCUCCUGCGUUAAACGUAUAAACCCGCUGCGCUCCCGGCGCCCCGCCCGCCCGCAGCUGCCAGCGGGGACCUUUUCAUCUCUUCCCUCUUGGCCGCGGGAGCCGAGUUCAGAUCUGCCACUCGGCGCCCGAAACUGACACACUGAACUCCGUGUCCUCCUCCUGCACCCACUGCCGCCUCCUAGCCACUCGCCUCUCUUCCCCCCCAGCUCGUCGCUGCAAGGAAACUUUUUCUAACUCCCCCCCCCACCACGUGAGGGUUCCCUUUGCCCAUCGCAUAGGACCGUUUCCACUUAGGGAACGACUGGCUUUUUCUUCUGAAAAGAAUUCUCCAGCAAGAUACCUUUUUUUUAUUUCCUCUCUCUCUCUCUCACUAUUCGACAGUGACUCGAUUGUCUGCAAAAGUUUCGCAUUAAAAAAAAAAUCGACCUGACCUGUAUUUUCAGAUUUCUUUUCAAUUUCUUUUUCCUCUAUUUUUAUUUUAUUUUUAUUUGGGGUACCAUUUUUAAAAAAAAAUUUUUAAGGAAAAAAAAGAAACUUUUUCCACCUUUUUUUUUUAAAAAAAAAAAAAUGCACUACUGCGUGGUGCGCGCGUUCCUGCUGCUGCACUGGGUGCCGGCCGCGCUCAGCCUGUCGACGUGCAGCACCCUCGACAUGGACCAGUUCAUGCGCAAGAGGAUCGAGGCGAUCCGCGGGCAGAUCCUCAGCAAGCUGAAGCUCACCAGCCCCCCGGAAGACUACCCCGAGCCCGAGGACGUGCCCCCGGAGGUCAUUUCCAUCUACAACAGCACCCGGGACUUGCUGCAGGAGAAGGCCAGCCGCCGGGCGGCCGCCUGCGAGCGCGAGCGCAGCGACGAGGAGUAUUACGCCAAGGAGGUCUACAAGAUCGACAUGCCGCCCUUCUUCCCCUCGGAAACUGUCUGCCCAGUUGUUACCACACCCUCUGGCUCAGUGGGCAGCUUCUGCUCCAGGCAGUCCCAGGUGCUCUGUGGGUACCUUGAUGCCAUCCCGCCCACUUUCUACAGACCCUACUUCAGAAUCAUCCGCUUUGACGUCUCGGCGAUGGAAAAGAAUGCUUCCAAUCUGGUGAAGGCGGAGUUCAGAGUCUUCCGUCUACAGAACCCCAAAGCCAGGGUGCCCGAACAGCGGAUCGAACUGUACCAGAUUCUCAAAUCCAAGGAUCUGACGUCUCCAACCCAGCGCUACAUCGACAGCAAAGUGGUGAAAACAAGAGCAGAAGGGGAAUGGCUUUCCUUCGACGUGACCGACGCUGUUCACGAAUGGCUCCACCAUAAAGACAGGAACCUGGGAUUUAAAAUAAGCUUACACUGUCCCUGCUGCACCUUUGUACCGUCCAAUAAUUACAUCAUCCCCAAUAAAAGCGAGGAACUAGAAGCGAGAUUUGCAGGUAUUGAUGGCACCUCCACAUAUACCAGUGGUGAUCAGAAAACUAUAAAGUCCACUAGGAAAAAAAACAGUGGGAAGACCCCACAUCUCCUGCUAAUGUUGUUACCCUCCUACAGACUGGAGUCACAACAGUCCAACCGGCGGAAGAAGCGCGCUCUCGAUGCAGCCUACUGCUUUAGAAAUGUGCAGGAUAAUUGCUGCCUACGUCCACUUUACAUUGAUUUCAAGAGGGAUCUUGGGUGGAAAUGGAUCCAUGAACCCAAAGGGUACAAUGCCAACUUCUGUGCUGGGGCAUGCCCGUAUUUAUGGAGUUCAGACACUCAGCACAGUAGGGUUCUCAGCUUAUAUAACACCAUCAACCCGGAGGCAUCGGCUUCUCCCUGCUGCGUGUCGCAGGACUUGGAACCGCUCACCAUCCUCUAUUACAUCGGCAAGACCCCCAAGAUCGAACAGCUGUCCAACAUGAUAGUGAAGUCUUGCAAAUGCAGCUAAGAUCCUUGGGAAAGCAGCAAGACGGUAACCACACGAUGAUGAUGAUGAUGAUGAUGAUGAUGAUGAUGAUGAUUUGACCACAACAUAACGAGUUUGUAACGAGAAACCCAAGAGAGCCUUGCUUCGUCAGUGUUAAAAAAAUCCUUUGGAAAUGCGGUACUAGUUCAGACACGUCGGAAGUGUGCGUUCUGUUUGUUAAAACUGGCAUCCGAAACAAAACAAAGCAAAACAACAAAACAAAAAAACGCGUGGAAGGCUUGAUUCUACAUGGCACCUACUCUGUAAGCGAGAGAGACAAGAAGCAAAACCUUUUUUUUUUUUUUUAAGGAAAAAUAAAUAAACACUGGAAGAAUUUGUUAGUGUUAAUUAUGUGAAAGAAAACAAAACACACACAAAAAAACAGGAAAAUCCCGUUAAGUGGAAUUGUACAUACGUUCCUACCCCAGGCCUCACUUGAUUUGUCUGUAUUGCUAUGCAAUAGUCUCCCUUCCCUGUUCCUACUCUUAGAGUUAACAGUGAGUUAUUUAUUGUGUGUUACUACAUAAUGGACAUUUCAUUGCCCUUGGAAAAGAAAACAGGUGUAUCAAGUGGAGACCAAAAUCCUUUGCCAGAAACUCAUGGAUGGUUUAAGGAACUUGAACUCCAACGAGCCAGAACAAGAAAGAAAAGGAAAAAAAAAAAAAAAGUCAUAGGAGCAGGAUGAAAACCCAGGUGAGUUCUUCUGUGACCACAACAAGUCUGUGUUGAGGUAAAGACCCUGAAAACGCAUGCUAUGUCCUAACUGCCCGAGGAAGGAUCUUGUAGGUUCAAAGCCAAAAGCCUGUUAAUAAAGGAAACUUUCCGUCAGAAGAAGUCUGUAAGGUUUUUUUUUUUCUUCUUCUUUUUCAUUGUAAAUGCUUCCCUGUCAGGUGAGCCCACCAGUGAGAGGUUGCGAUGCUUUGAUACAUACUGGUCAAACUUCAGACAUGGAAGUCUUGCUGUACAGUUAUGGUGUAGGUUCUCUUAGUUUCGGUAUAUGUAACCAUACCUUUAUUAUUACCAUAGAUGGGUGUAGAAGCCGUAUAAUUGGAAACACAUCAGCCGAUUUUUUUUUUUUUUGCAAACUAUUAAAUCAAAACAUUAACUACUUGGCUUGUAAUGUGUAAAUUUUUACCAUAUUUUGAAUGUUCUGUAAUAAUGUCAACUAUGAUUUAGAUUGGACUUAAAUUUGGGCUUUUUUUUUUUUUCUCUCUUUCACGAUCACUCCGAAUUGUGUGUUUCCUUUAGCUGGCUAGUAUUUUUUGAGUAAAGCCCCUAGAUUUUGAUUUGCACUAAAAAACAUGUGUUAUAGUAUUUGCUCCACUGCGCUUUGUACAUUGUCUAUUACGAUAACAUAAGCUACCUGACUCCCACCUGUCCUUUUUUCUUUUGCAAAAGAAGAUAGAUUUGAGUUCAGUGGUCUCCCUUCAUCUUCAGAGCAUCACUACUCACCAGUUCAGACAUGAAAAAGCUCCUCUUUUAGGAAAGCUGGGUAAUAGUAUAGAUACAGAGACCACUGAGGUGAAAUGUGUUCAUUUUAGCAAGGGCUCGAGGAUCUGGCCGAAACCUGGUGACAGUCAAGAAAGGUUUCUCUCACUUGGUUCAAUCAGAAUUUCCACAGAAUCCUAUUGUUACUACAAAGCAGGCAGUUCACAGGAAACAUCUUUGACUUUAGUCUGGCUGUUGGUGUUCCGAGUGGCGGGGGGAAUGGAAAGAUUUAUCUUUUCAUUCAUUUUUUUUUUAAGGGAGAGAAAAGAAAACAGGUCAGCAUAAGUCAUCCAGCUUAUUUCACUGAAGUCAAGAUAUUUAAAAAAUAUGUUUUUAUUGAUUUUAGAGAGAGAGGAAGGGAGAGGGAGAGACAGAAACAUGGGUGAGAGAGAAACAUCUAUCAGCUGCCUCCUGCAUACCCCCUACUGGGGAUCGGGCCCACAAUCCAGGCAUGUGCCCUGAUUGGGAAUCGAACCGGUGAGCUCUUGGUUCAUGGGGUUGAUGCUCAACCAACUGAGUCACACCGGCCAGGCUGAAGUUAAGAUUUUUCUAGAUGUUCUAUGAAGGUUGAGAAGGCACAACGCAAAUUCUCCUGAGAUAAAAAGAA